AUGGAGUUAAUUUCUAGAAAUCGUGAAAAAAAAGAGGCAACAGUUCAAGAGAUAACGAAAGAUUCUGAAGAAAUAAAAGAAAAAUAUCCAAAAAAAUCAUCAAAUGCUUCAAAAAAUAUUUUAUUGUUAGUUAUUUUUAUUUUAAGUAUUUUAACUCGAUUCUAUUAUAUUCAGCAUCCUUCAGAAGUUGUAUUUGAUGAAGUUCAUUUUGGAAAAUUUUUAUCAUUGUAUCUGAGAGGAUCUUAUUUUUUUGAUGUACAUCCUCCGUUCACUAAACUUUUAUAUGCGUUUUUUGGAUGGAUUAUUGGUUAUUAUUUUCUUUAUAAAGAUAAAAACAUUAAUUUUCUAAAAGGUUAUGAUGGGCAUUUUCUUUUUGAAAAAAUUGGAGAUUCUUAUAUUAAAAACAAUGUCCCAUAUGUAUAUUUGCGAUGUGUUCCGGCAUUUGCUGGAGCAAUGGUUGUUCCAUUGGUGUUUUUGAUUAUGAAAGAUUCUGGUCAUAGUCUUCUUUCAUCAACUCUUGCUGCUUCUCUUGUACUUUUUGAUAAUGCUCAAGUUGCUCAGUCUAGACUCAUUUUGUUAGAUUCAGUAUUCAUUUUUUUAAUGACAUCAUCGAUAUAUUGUUAUAUUCGUUUUUCUAACUUAAAUAACCGUCAAUUUUCUGCAUCUUGGUGGAAGUGGUUAUUUUUAACAGGUUUAUUUUUGUCGUGUACAAUCAGUACAAAAUAUGUCGGGUUAUUUACAUACAUUACAAUUGGUGUAAUGGUUCUUAUAGAAUUAUGGGAUAUUUUGGAUAUUCGUAAAGGAUAUACUAUGCAUUAUUUUACUAUGCACUUUCUUGCUAGAGCUCUUUGUCUUAUAUUUUUCCCAUUUAUGUUAUAUUUAUUAUGGUUUUAUAUCCAUUUUAAUGUUCUUUCAAAAACAGGACCAGGUGAUAAAUUUAUGUCCUCAUCCUUUCAGGAAACUCUUGAAGGCAAUGUUCUUUCUACUAGUUCAUUCCAAGUUAACUAUUAUGACAAGAUUACUAUAAUACAUAAAGAAACAAAUGCUUAUCUUCAUUCUCAUGAAGCCACGUAUCCUUUGCGAUAUGAAGAUGGUCGUAUCUCGUCUCAAGGUCAACAAGUGACUGGGUAUAAGCAUAAUGAUUCAAAUAAUCAUUGGAUUAUUAUGCCUGCCUAUCCUUCUAAUAAAACAUUAUUAGGAAGUCCUGUAUUAGAUAAUGAUUAUAUUAGACUAAAACAUGUUUCAACAAAUACUUAUCUGUUAACACAUGAUGUGGCUUCACCCAAAUAUCCAACUAAUCAAGAAUUUACUACAAUAUCUGAGAAUUUAAAAAGUCGUUAUAAUGAAACUAUAUUUCAAAUCAAAUUUGAGCAUCAUACAAAUAACUCUAUUCUUAAAACAAAGGGAGGAAGAUUCAUGUUAAUACACAAUUUGACACGUGUUGCAAUGUGGUCAGAUAUUGAUCCUUUGCCUGAUUGGGGUUUUAAGCAACAAGAGGUUAAUGGUAAUAAAAAAUUAAAAGGACAGAGUAAUAUAUGGAUUGUUGACGAAAUUGUUGACUUUAAUGAUACUAGUCGUGUGAUUAAGAAUUCUACUCUUAAAAGUCUUUCUUUUUUUCAAAAAUACAUAGAACUACAAUUUUCUAUGCUUCAUCAUAAUAGUAGAUUAAAAGCAUCACAUCCUUAUUCUUCGUAUCCUAUAGAAUGGCCACUAUUAAAUAGGGGUAUAAGUUUUUGGACUAAUCAUUCUCAAGCUCAGCAAAUAUAUUUAUUGGGAAAUCCAAUUGGAUGGUGGUUCGAAAUUUCUUUUGUAAUUAUUUUUGUGACAGUUGUGAUUUCAGAUCAAAUUUUAUUACGAAGAGGCCUUUUUUUGAUUAGAGAAUCACGUAAAUUGUUUUAUACUCAUACUAUAUUUUUCUUUCUUUUUUGGAUAGCUCAUUAUUUUCCAUUUUAUUUAAUGGGUCGAAAGCUCUUUUUACAUCAUUAUCUUCCAGCACAUAUUGCUUCUUCUCUUUUAACAGGAUCUACAUUUCAAUUAUUGUUUGAAAAGAAUAAUAGAUCAAUAAUUUUUCUUUAUUUUUUUAAAAAAAAUGAAAACAAAACAAAUAUGAAUUUAAAAAACUUCAAUUCACCAAGAAAAGCCAAAAUUAUGUUUAUACUUUUGAUAAGUAGUCUUUUAGGUUCUUUUAUAUUUUUUUCUCCACUUACAUAUGGUAAACCGGGAUUAACGUCGAAUCAGUUAUAUGAAAGAAAAUGGUCUCCUAAUUGGGAUUAUGCUUAUUUAGAAGAUAGUUAUGAAUAA